GUAUUGUUUUAAUUGAAACGAAUCUUAGUAAAAGUUUGUGUAAACUGCGGUGGGUGCUUCAGAAAUUGAUUGAAGUGAAGAACGGCGCUGCAGUUUUGUCGCCUUUCCUGGGGGGAAAAAAUCUGAAUAAAUUCAGACAUGGAAGAGUCCAGCGAGACUUAUGGUGUCCAUGAGACGUACCGUUCCAUUUCGUGGGAAGACCACCAGUGUCAGAGCAUGGAGGAGAGAACUGAAUGCCUCCGAAGGAAGAUCAAGUACUACUUCAUGAAUCCGUGUGAGAAAUACCACGCGCGGGGACGGAUCCCUUGGAAACUCAUGCUGCAGAUUGUCAAAAUUGCUAUAAUUACCAUGCAGCUGGUCUUAUUUGGCCUGAGCAAUCAGAUGGUCGUUACAUUCAAGGAAGAAAAUCUGCUGACCUUCAAGCACCUUUUCCUCAAAGAUUAUGUUGACGGAGGCAUGGAAACCUACGCCGUUUACAGACAAGCUGACGUUUAUGAUCACAUCGACUACAUUAUUACUCAGUACGGACUUCUGCACAACAACACUGUUGGGAAUCAUGAAUAUGAGAAAAGUGGCUCUUCCUACAACCCGCUGCUUCUCUGUCAGGACUUCUACAGGAAUGGCAGCAUCUACCCUGGAAGUGAAACCUUUGAAAUUGACGCUCACGUGCAUACGGAAUGCCUUAAAAUCUAUCCAGCCAAUCCCGAACCGCUGCGUGACAUGCCUGAAAACUUUGAACUGCAUUUUAAAAGGCUGCUCCUUGUGAAGAUCACAUUCGCUGUAAUGGCCAUUAAUCUGCAAACUGUGAGAUAUCGAGAGCUGCCUGACUGCUACGACUUCACUGUCAUUAUUACUUUUAACAAUCAAGCUCACAGUGGCAGAAUGACAGUCGACCUGGAAAUGGAUGUGGAAAUCAACGAAUGCAAAGACUGGAAAGUCAUUGGAGCCUCUGCAAGAAAGAUCUACCUGACCGUGAUGUUCGACUGCGUCAUCCUCAUAACCUGCAUCACCUCCUUUGUGCUCUGCACGCGCUCGGUGGUCAAAGGGAUUCUGCUGAUGUUUGAGUACAGCCGUCAUUGCAGAACACACUCUGGUAGAAACGUGCCGUGGUCGGACAAGCUGGAGUUUGUGAACGGCUGGUACAUCCUGAUCAUCGUCAGCGACACGCUGACCAUCAUAGGCUCCAUUCUCAAGAUAGAGAUCGAGUCUAAGGUCUUUACAAGCUACGAUGUGUGCAGCAUCUUCCUCGGCACCGGCACCAUGUUUGUUUGGAUCGGAGUCAUCCGUUACAUGGGUUACUUCAAGAAGUAUAACAUUCUCCUCGUGACGCUCCGAGCAGCUUUUCCAAACGUUAUCCGUUUCAUCUGUUGUGCUGGAAUAAUAUACAUAAGCUACUGUUUUUGUGGCUGGAUCGUGAUUGGCCCGUAUCACGAAAAGUUCCGGACCUUAAACACCGUGUCGGAGUGUUUGUUCUCACUGAUCAACGGAGACGACAUGUUCCCCACGUUCAAAGAGAUGAAGCAGAAGAGCAGCCUGGUGUGGGUUUUCAGCAGAGUCUACCUCUACACCUUCGUGAUGCUCUUCAUCUACAUGAUCCUCAGUCUUUUCAUCACAAUAAUCACCGACACAUACGACACAGUCAAGCAGCAGCAGGAGAACGGAGUCCCAAUAUCAGAGCUGCAGAAAUUCCUCUCCGUGUGUAAAGAUCUGCCAAACUCUGGAGUUUACAGGCUUGAAAAGAACAAGAGCUGCAUCAUUAGCUGCUGCAUCAACAGAUGCAACAAUCGCCAAGAGAGGCUGACAUCAGAGGCGUAGCAUUUUAUACUUUAGGGAUUCCUGGAAUCAAAUUAAUAAACGUGCAAGAAACCUGCUGCGAGAACAAACUGGAGAAAGAUCAACUCUGGUCUGGGGUCAAAAAGGCACACAAACCUGAAAACAUCUUGUAAAUAGAAAAUAUAUAAAAUGUAAUGUUUGUACAGUAACUAUAACUUGAGAAAUUCCUUUGUUGUACACAAAAAAAAACGAAUCAGUGAUGCUGAAAUGUAAAUUGAAUAAUUUUUUAUUUCUCCGUUGUGAGGAGAAAGAAUCGGUAUAAAACCCAUUUUCCCCAUCAUUACACUGGAUAACCUGCAAGUUUGUUACAAUACAUAAAAGUCUUUUAUUUUGUAGUAAUACAGCCUUUGACAGUGAAACUGAAAAUCAUAAAGUGAUGUGCUGUAAAUGGCUCCACUGCCCAGCAGCGUCACACCAAUCUGGCCUCCAGUUUGAGCCGCUGGACCGAUCCGAGGGCAGCGAGGUGGACCAUGCUGUCAAAAACUGAACGCUCACACAAUAUUCUGUCUGUAAAUAAAAAAUAGAUUAUAUUUUGAUUUAGUCUGCGGCGCCUCUAUGGUGUAAUCCUCCAGAGUGAGCGGGACGUUCAGCAGCCAGUCGGACUCGAAAUGAAGGCCACCUAAAAAAAAAGAUACUUCAAAAAAUAAAAUAAAAAAA